UAAGAAGUAAAGUGACUUCUCAGCGGCUGUUGAUUCACUGCCCACAGGGAGAUUUUUGAGCAGAGGCUUCCUAGCCUCGGUAGAAAUUUGCAUACAGCUUCCACUUCCUGCUUCGGAGCCUGUUCCACGGCUUACCUGGGCCGGGAGAGGGUGCAGGGAGGCCUGGAGCAACCCAAGGUAGAGAGGCCCCGAGAAGGAGAGAGCGUGACCACCCGUGGCCGGUCUGCCUGUCCUUGGCGGCUCUAAGACACUAGAAUGAACCGAAGCAUUCCUGUGGAGGUGGAUGAAUCGGAACCAUACCCCAGUCAGUUGCUGAAACCCCUCUCAGAAUAUUCCCUGGCAGAGGAGUCAGAACCACCUGCUCCAGAUGCAAGGAACACGGCGCCUAACAACUUGUCUGCAUCCCCGACUGCUCAGUCUUCCUCCAUAGACUUUCCUCAGGCUCACCCGCCCCUGCAACUAUCAAAUCUCCAGCAGCCUGUGUCCCCGAGGGUCACCUGCCUGCGCGCCAAAGUCUUGGCAGAGAGUGAAGACAGCUUGUGGAGGAGACACCUGGAUCCCAGCAAAGACUUCCCCUCAGGCUCCUGUGCAGCCAGGGAGCCCGAGACUCAGUCUGUGGCUGGAGCCUUCCCUCAGGAGCACCAGUUUUCCAUUACGGAAAAACGUAGUCAAUGGCUGGGAUCUUGGCUUUCAGCAACUUCCCCCGACACCGGCCAUGACUCUGAAAAAUCCGACCAAAGUGUAUCUAAUGCCUCAGCAGCCCCCCAGAGUGGUGGCCAGGAGAUGGUGCCCCGGCCCCACAGGAGCCGAGCAGCCCCAGACCCACCUACAAUAGACACGGGGUAUGAUUCACAGCCGCAGGACAUCCUGGGCAUCAGGCAACUGGAAAGGCCCCUACCCCUCACCUCCGUGUGUUACCUCCAGGACCUCCCCAGACCUCUCAGAUCCAGGGAGUUCCAUCAGUAUGAACCUCAGAGAUACCCAGCGUGUGCACGGAUGCUGCCCCCCGAGCCCUCCGGGCAAGCUCAGUGGAACUAUCACUACUAUUGUCCUGGAGACCCUGACCACCAGGUGCCAUAUGGCCAUGACUACCCUCGAGCAGCCUACCAGCAAGUGAUCCAGCCAGCUCUACCUGGGCAGCAAGUGAUCCAGCCAGCCCCACCUGGAGCCCAUUUGAGAGGCCUGCACCCUGUGCAGAAGGUCAUCCUGAGUUUUCCCAGCUCCUGGGACCAAGAAGAGAGGCCUCCACAGAGAAACUACUCUCCCCCAGGUCUCCCCAGGUAUCAGGACCAGCUGUAUAACCAGGCACCUAAUAGAGGUGGUGCUCCUGAGGGGUCCUUGGAUUGUCCUGCAGAGUUGAGGCCACAGGAUCCCCAGGCUCCAUCGCCAGCUGCUGUCCCUAGACCCCCGAGUCACCCUCUAGCCAGAGGAACUCUGAGAACAAGCAAUUUGCCAGAAGAAUUGCGGAAAGUCUUUAUCACUUAUUCUAUGGACACAGCCAUGGAGGUGGUAAAAUUCGUGAACUUUUUGUUGGUAAACGGCUUCCAAACUGCGAUUGACAUAUUUGAAGAUAGAAUCCGAGGCAUUGAUAUCAUUAAGUGGAUGGAACGCUACCUUAGGGAUAAGACAGUGAUGAUAAUCGUAGCAAUCAGCCCCAAAUACAAACAGGAUGUGGAAGGCGCUGAGUCGCAGCUGGACGAGGAUGAACAUGGCUUACAUACUAAGUAUAUUCAUCGAAUGAUGCAGAUUGAGUUCAUCAAACAAGGAAGCAUGAACUUCAGAUUCAUCCCUGUGCUCUUCCCAAAUGCAAAGAAGGAGCAUGUGCCCACCUGGCUGCAGAAUACUCACAUCUACAGCUGGCCCAAGAAUAAAAAGAACAUCCUUCUGCGGCUGCUCAGAGAGGAGGAGUAUGUGGCCCCUCCCCGAGGGCCUCUGCCCACCCUUCAGAGGGGCCUUCCAACCCCCAGGAAACCUGUUCUGCAGGGGCCGCUUCCUUCUGAGACCUUGAAGGACCUUGUCUUUGAGAUGGAGGCCGUGACUGUUCUGCAUUCCCUGCUUCUUAAACCCACUGCCGUGCAUGUUCCCCCAACACUCUGAGUAUCCAGAAUGGGCCCUCAGCACCUAGCGCAUAGACAAUACAAGUGACGUUACUGUAAACACCAGCGACCACAAACACUCUCCGCUUAGGGCAACAUUUCUGAGUUCACCAGAUGUGGUGUGUCCUCAGACCAAACUGAUUCAUGUACAAAUAAUAAAAGGUUUACUC